UAUAUUUGGAAAAUACCAAAAAUCAUAAGCAUUUGACUCAUUAAAACUUAAAGGAUGAGAGCUCAUAACACAAUUCAAUGGAUACAUAAUGCCAUUCAGUGUUGGUAUCCCACAAUUUUACAAUUUUGGAUCAACUCCUUCAAAGAACUGAAAACUUUGCAAAAUGUAAAUUGAUCUUGGCUUGCUUCAGAGGCAGUUCAUUCAAAUCAAGUAUUUGUUUAUUGAAACUUUUUAAUAUUACUGUGGCUUCCAACAUUCUGUUUGCUAAGGAGUUUGAAUCCUUUAUUGGGUGUUCUCUGAAUGAGCAAUUUAUUGUUAUAAAAAAAUGGGGAUAUUUUAUAUGACAUUUUAGCUAACAUCUUUUACAUCAGUGGCAGGUUGAGGCUAAAUCAGAAUGAUUUUAUUGAGCUAAUGCUCAUUUUAAUGAAUGACAAUUGUCCCCUAUUUAGCUUUUAUUGCAAAUUCAAUAUUAUAAUUGCCUCUGUAUCUCUAAAAAUUUCAUUGAAAAAGAUUUAUCAGUUAUUUCCUCAGUCAUAAUAUUGGUUUCAUAAAGUGGCAAAAUUCUACUAUAAUCUUUCCAAAGAUUUCUUUCUAUUCUUUAGAAAAUAUUUUUAGAUUUCUUUAUGAGACAUCAUACUUGAAUGACCGCUAUGAAAAAAAAGCCUUGCUUGAGAACAUUUCUGCAAUAAACUUCCGUUUUACUGUGAAUUGAAACUAAGGUGGCUGGUUGAUAGAUAGCACAUGCCCUUUUCUCAAUCUUCCCAAAGUGGAAGAAACAAAGGUCUUAAUAAAAGUAGUCUGAUUUUCCAUGGAAAUUCUAGAACUGUCAGCAAUGUUACAAACUAAAAAGAGUUUUGUUAAACUGGGUUUUGUUAGCAGUGUGAAGAUGGCAAAUUUCAUGCGGUUAAGGAAGUCUGAGCUAGUAAAAUCAAGGAACAAAAUUGAUUAAACUUGAAGGAUUAUAGGCAAGGCCUACAAAAUAUUAAUUUUCAAAUAACAUUCCCCCUGAACUAAUAUUGGAACAGAACUUGCUGACCUUCCAGAAGAGACUGAAGACAUGAUUUUAUCAUCUGUCUUGGGGAUCUGGUAAUGUGAAGCUUGCAAAGUGCUAGAGAAACUGAAUGUUUUCUUCUGCAAAUUGUUUUUUUAAUGUUCUGUAAUUAUUUUUAGCAAUAGCACUUAUAUAGGUUUAUACUGUAUAUAAAAUUAUGGCUUACCUCUUACUGAAAGAGAAGACAUGUAUCACAACUGCAUUGCUUCAAAAUGCCCCAGAAGGCUUACAUUAAAAAGAAGUCUCCUCUACCCAAAACAAUUAUGGACCAGACCCUGGGGACUAUUUGCCAUCAAUAGCUUGGGGAGGGGAAUGAAGAGCAUCUUGCCUUCUGAAGUGCCAUAUUUGAUAAAAAAAUGUUUACUAAUUUAUUAAGCCUAUGAGCAGCUGCAUUUGAGUGGAGACUCAUGGUUUAGGGGACAAAGAUGAUUUUUUUAAAUCAGUGAACCAAACUAUUUUUAACUGGAGAAGAAUAAGAAAUGGCAGUUGUACAUUUUUAAUGCAAUCUUUUGAGGAAGUGAGUAGUGAUGGCACCUGUCUCACGUGCUAUUUAUGUUUUAAACUGUUUCUUACACAACAAUCACAGUGGAUGAACAAGGGGCUCCUGGUGAGCAAGCCUGCUUUGUAUUCUUCUACUUGACUUGAAAUUAAGGCUUCUUUCAGUGAUUCUUUCUACCAAGGUCUUCCUGAAGAACAAGUCAUCUUAAUGUUGCAGAGGACUAUGUAAAUGAAAACUACCUGGAGAGGAUUUCUGUUACUAACAGCAGCUUGCAUAUAAAAAAGUUGUUAACUUGAAAAGAUUAUUCUAAGAAGAAUUAGUAGCAGGUAAUAUUUCACUGCAAACAGUUAUUCAUGUUCUUAGACCAUGAAGAGAGGGCAGAAAUAUUUCUUGUUCCUUGAUCAUCAGGAUCUCUUUCUAGGCUCCCUGUGAUCUAGAUAUUAGAACUUCUAAAUUUCCACCGUUAACAAGAGAGAUAUGCUAAGAGUGCCUCUGAAUGUAGACAGAAUGUCUUUUGCUUUCCACCAGACUAUUCAUCUCUGGCUCGCAAGCCGACUGAUUUUCUUUGUUGUAUCACUGGCUUUGAAAGAGAUUAUAGUAAUGUCAUUUUAUAAAACUUUGCCUUGUGAUGUGAAUUAUGUAAGUGAUACUUCCAAAAUGUAUAUGCAAGUUGACUGCAGUGACCGUAAACUCAUACAGUUUCCAAAAGACAUUCCUACCAAUGUUACCAAUCUGACACUUGCUGUUAAUCACAUUCCAAAGAUUUCCAAAAGCCACUUUAAGGACUUAAAAAAGCUUCUAGAAAUUGAUUUCAAAUGCAACUGUGUACCAGUCAGGUUGGGACCUAAAGAUCACGUUUGCACCCAGGGUCUGCAAAUCCAAGCUCACGCUUUCUCCAAACUCUCCAGCUUAAAAUCACUCUAUUUAGAUGGCAACCAGCUCUCAGCAAUCCCUCAACAUCUCCCACCUAACCUACGUCUUCUGAGUCUUGAAGCUAAUUCCAUUUUUUCUAUCAAGAAAGAAAAUUUGUCAGGACUUCAAAGCCUAGAAGUACUCUAUCUAGGGCAGAAUUGUUAUUACCGCAACCCCUGCAAUAUAUCUUUUGAAAUUAAUGAAGCAGCCUUUCAGCCUCUCACAAGUUUAAAAGUGUUGUCUUUGAAAGCCAACAACUUAUCAAGGGUCCCACAAAACCUACCAUCAAACUUAAAAGAACUCUAUCUUUAUAAUAACGCAAUUCGAACUAUCACUGAGUAUGAUCUAUCCUCUCUGAAUAAUUUGGAAGUACUUGAUUUAAGUGGAAACUGUCCUCGUUGUCACAAUGCACGAUAUCAUUGUGUUGAAUGCCCAGGACAGGCAAGCAUUUUUAUCAAUCCCAGAGCCUUUGACUCAUUAAAGCAUUUAAAGGUACUGAAGCUGCACAGCACCUCCCUUCAACGAGUGGACUACCAUUGGUUUAUAAAUACUAAGAACCUUCAAGUACUUGAUCUUUCACAAAAUUAUUUGGCAAAAGAAAUUCAGCAAGCCCAUUUUCUACAGUUUCUUCCUAAUCUUGUGGAACUUGACUUAUCUUUCAAUUAUGAACUGGGAUCAUACCCAUUACAUUUUAUUUUCCCCAAAACAUUUUCCACCCUUUCCAAUCUUCAGUCCUUAAGAAUAAGAGGAUUUGUUUUCAAAGAACUAAAUCAACAGACUAUAAACAAUUUAAUUCCUCUUAAAAAACUUAAUGUCUUGGAUUUCGGAACUAAUUUUAUCAGGAAUGUUGACAUUGCUAUGUUUAAAGAAUUCCAAAGUCUUAGAACAAUAAUUCUUUCUUUUAAUAAAAUAUCUCUUUUUUCAUAUGAGCCAAAUAGCAGGCUUUACUCUGUUCUCAACUCAUCAGAUGAUCAGUAUAAUGGCAAUAUAUUGAUAGAUACACAGUAUUUCAGAUAUGAUGAAUAUGGUCAAAGUUGCAGAUCUAAAGAUACAGAGGAUAUUCAUUUUUUGCCUUUUAUCAAUGAGAUUGCAUGCAGCAACUAUGGAAAAACACUUGAUUUAAGCAGAAAUAAUAUUUUUUUUAUCAAUUCUUCUGAUUUCCAGCAACUUUCAGACCUUAAAUGCCUUAACAUCUCCAAUAAUGCUAUGAGCCAAGCUUUGAAGGGAACUGAAUUUGCUCAUCUGUCCAGUUUGAAAUGUUUGGAUUUAUCUAAUAAUCGGAUUGAUUUGCUACAUGUGAAUGCUUUUCAACAGCUGAAAGAACUGGAAGUUCUAAACCUUAGUGAUAAUAGCUAUUAUUUUAAGGCGGAAGGUGUCACACAUAUGUUGGGCUUUACCAAAUGCCUGGUUAAUUUGAAAAUACUGAUUAUGAAUGGCAAUGAGAUUUCUGUCUCCACUGAUAAAGGGAUGGCAAGUGAUUCCAUCAAAACAUUAGAAUUUAGACGGAAUCGCUUAGAUAUUUUAUGGAAGGAUGGAAGUAAUGAAUACUUGGCAUUCUUCAAGAAUUUGACAGCCCUGGAAAGUCUUGACAUUUCUGAGAACUUUCUGACUUUGUUACCUCAUGAUGUAUUCUACAAUCUGCCUCCAAAACUGAAAGUGUUAAAGCUGGCCAGUAAUCUAUUGAAGACUUUUAACUGGGGGUGUCUUCCAGCACUAAAGAAUUUGGAAAUCUUAGAUCUUAGCAACAAUCAGCUGACUACAGUCCCCCAUGAACUGUCCAACUGUACUAAGACUCUUCAUACAUUCAUAGUGCAAAACAACAAGAUCAGAAAGCUGACACAUAAUUUUCUCAAAGAUGCUUUCUUCCUGAGGCAUUUAGAUCUUAGUUUUAAUAAGAUCAAAACAAUCAAGAACUCUAGCUUCCCCAAAAAUGUUAUUAGCAAACUAACAACAUUACUCUUAAACGAUAAUUCUUUCAAAUGUAAUUGUGAUAUUGUAUGGCUUGUCCAAUGGAUCAAUGAGACAAAAGUAAAAAUCCCUUUCCUAGCAACACAUGUGACUUGUGCAGGGCCAAGUGUAUGGAAAGCUAAAAGUUUGAUUUUAUUAGAUUUGCAUACGUGUGAAUCAGAUUUCUCUCAGAUCGUCUAUUUAUUGUCAGCUUCAUUUAUCAUAUUUCUCAUGAUAGUUCCAGUUAUAAGCCACCUAUAUUUUUGGGAUGUCUGGUAUAUUUAUCAUUUCUGCACUGCCAAAUUAAAGGGAUAUAAACGUCUCUUUUCAUCUGAAGUUAAAUAUGAUGCUUUUGUGGCUUACGAUAAUAAAGAUGCAUCUGUAACAGAAUGGAUCCUGAAAGAACUAAUUGAGAAACUUGAAGAUCAGAAAGAAAAAAAAUUCAAUAUAUGUUUAGAAGAAAGAGACUGGCUACCAGGUCACCCAUUUAUAGAAAACCUUAAUGACAGCAUACAAAUGAGUAGAAAAACCAUAUUUGUGCUGACAAACAGCUAUAUUGCAAGUGGCAACUUCAGAACAGCCUUUUAUAUGGCACAUCAGCGUCUUGUGGAUGAAAAAGUAGAUGUAAUUAUCCUGAUAAUUCUUGAGAAGCUUCUGCAAAUGUCAAAGUGUCUCCGUCUCCGGAAGACCUUGUGUAGUAGAUCUUGUCUUGAAUGGCCAAUCAAUCCUCAGUCUCAGGCUUAUUUCUGGCAUUGUCUUAGAAACUCCCUAGCAGCAAAUAAUGAGUUCAGGUAUAACAAGCUUUUCAAGGAAAUGGUAUAAUGCUCAGUUGCAUUCUCAGAAAAUGUUUUGGAAAUCAUAGCAGAUGCAUGGGAUGAGGCUGAAUCUCAAACUCUACAUUGAGGAGGUUUUAUAGCAUCGGUAAAAUCAAACAAAAGCACCUCAUCAACCACAACACGCUCCUUCUGAAGCAGGGAAACUUUUGGUUAUCUGAGGAAAGGUGCCCAGGAAGUUUAGUUCAAUAGCUCAAUUUUCCAUUUCAUAAUUAUUGAGAUGUAGGAAACUUAUGCAGAUUUUUAUGAAUUCCCCCAAUCUAAGCAGGAAAAGUGAAACAGAAAAAACAUUCCAAUUACAAAUUUCCACAGCAAGAAUUUAUGAGUUUUCCUAUGUAAGUAUAUUUUCUUUCCAAUAUUUGAUACAAUUUAGAAAGACAAAAUAAAAAUAAAUACAAUCUUUAGCAUGAACUACAAUUAUAUUUGAAAAACAGAUAUUUUGAACCAGCUGGCUACUUAUUUAUAUGAUGAGGGGAAAAAGCUUUAAAUUACCUAGUGAUACAAUAACAAUAUGGGAAUUGUAACAUAAUGGGGAUAUGGAGAUCAGUUAAGUCCAAUCUAGUUUUUAUUUGUAUAUUAGGGCAAUAUCCAUCCUAUUUCAGAAGUCAAACAUAUAGCUCAACACGGCUGAGUGUGACACAAGUCAGAUUAAAAUGCAAUUGGAAAUAGUUAACACAAUAAAAUAAAAUAAAAUGCAAUAAAGCAUAAGAAGUUGCAUUUUGAAAUUAAAUAAUAAUAUAGUUAACAACUACCAAGAAAGUCUUAGCUCACGACUCAAAAGGAGUUCUGCACAGAUUCACUGCCUUGGCCAGCUGCAACAACUAAGAUUGCUUGGUGCUGCAAUGGUGUGAACUGAGAAGGACCAUCAACUUGAUAGGAAUUUAUCUUCAGUUUGUGCUGCAAAGAACCUUGCUGAUGCAAUUAAACUGAGGUAUCAAGCUUGUGCCUUUUCCCCAGGUCAGCAGGCAGGCAGCCGUGCACUGGUUGCCCUUCUGUUCUAGACCUCAGGCUUCCAGACCAUGAGUUCUAGUCCAGCCUUAGGUCAGUUGGAUAGCCUUGGGGCCAGUCACUUUUUCUCAGCCCAAGGAAGAAGGCAAUGGCAAACCACUUCUGAAAAACCUUGCAAAGAAAACUGCAGUAACUUGUCCAGACAGUCUCUGAGAAUUGGACAUGACUGAAUGAAAGGAAAAAAGAUGGAAUGCAUUCAAAAAUGGAAAGAAGGGGGAAAAUGAAAGAAAACUGGUGAUCUAAAUGCUUUUUGUAUAAUGCUUUUUCUUUUUAAAAAAAUUCUUUCAUUACAGUAUCAAAUUCCAAAACUGAAGGAAUAUAAACACUUACAAAAUAUUAUCAGCAACUAAUGGAUUUAUACUGUAAUCUGAAAGCAUCUAUGUGUGAAGCCAGUUUGGUGUAAUGGUUAAGGCAUCAAUUAGAAACUAAGAGACCUUUAAUUACAGUCCUGCCUUGGGCACAAAGCCAAAUGGGUGACCUGGGGCCAGUCACUUUUCUUGUCCCUAGGAGGAACUAGAAUCUCCAAGUUAAUCAGUCAAAAUAAAUCAGAAUAGAGUUGGUAGGGACCUUGGGGGCCUUCUAGUCCAACCUCCUGCUCAAGCAAGAGACCCUGCAUGCAGUAUUCCAGGUGUGGUCUUACUAAGGCUUUAUAAAAUGGUAC